GCGGCGGCAAUCUUCACGGCGGCGAUCGGCGGCGGGAUUACACGGCAAAAGGCGAGCUCUCCCCUGCAACGCUAGAAGAGAUGGAGAAUGGCGGCAGCAAAGGUGACGUCCCGGAGGAUGCCAACGCGCAUUGCCCUGGAACACAGUCGGAGGAGGCGGGGAAGGCAGAUUCUUGCGCUGGAUGUCCUAACCAGCAGAUUUGCGCCACUGCCCCUAAGGGCCCUGAUCCUGACUUGGUUGCUAUUGCUGAGCGGAUGGCUACUGUGAAACACAAGAUACUUGUUUUGUCAGGGAAGGGAGGUGUUGGAAAGAGCACGUUUUCAGCUCAGUUGUCAUUUGCCCUAGCUGAAAAGGACCUUCAGGUUGGCCUUCUUGACAUAGAUAUAUGUGGCCCUAGCAUCCCAAAAAUGUUAGGCCUUGAAGGCCAGGAUAUUCAUCAGAGCAACCUUGGCUGGUCUCCCAUCUACGUUGAGUCGAACCUUGGUGUCAUGUCAAUUGGUUUCAUGCUGCCUAACCCUGAUGAUGCUGUCAUAUGGAGGGGUCCUCGCAAGAAUGGAUUGAUCAAACAGUUCCUUAAGGAUGUUGACUGGGGGGAGAUUGACUAUCUUGUAGUGGAUGCUCCUCCUGGAACAUCUGAUGAGCACAUUUCCAUUGUCCAGUAUCUACAAGCCACAGAAGUUGAUGGUGCGAUAAUUGUCACGACUCCACAGCAAGUGUCUCUGAUUGACGUGAGGAAGGAAAUCAACUUCUGCAAGAAGGUUGGCGUGCCAGUGUUGGGUGUUGUGGAGAACAUGAGUGGCUUGAGGCAGCCAUUUUCAGAUCUCAAAUUCAUGAAGCCAGGUCCUGCAGGGGAGACAGAUGCCACAGAAUGGGUGAUGAACUAUAUCAAGGAGAAAGCACCAGAGCUUUUGUCAGUCGUCGCGUGCAGCGAGGUGUUUGACAGCAGCAGGGGUGGCGCGGAGGCGAUGUGCAUUGAAAUGGGGGUCCCUUUUCUUGGUAAGGUGCCGAUGGAUCCACAGCUGUGCAAGGCAGCCGAGGAAGGGAGGUCAUGCUUCGUUGAUCAGAGGUGCAGUGCCAGUGCACUGGCCCUUAAAAGCAUAAUCGACAAGCUGAUCAAAACCAAUCCAGGAGAUGGUGUUUGACCUGCUA